CCAGGGUGGUCCCUGUCUCUCCAUCUCUAUGUCUGGGCUACUACGAUCGUCUCUCAUCCUGCGGCUUUUCAUAGUUCUGCGUCGAUUGAAGAGUCAAUUCUCUUUCGAUGUUCGUAGAUUGCUGUCCUGGUUCUCCUGGCUGCUCCGGCGUUGCCAGGAAGGCAAACCAAAACAAAUACAGAAUCAGAUGAAUGGGCAGGCAAAGGCUCUUGGGGAUGACCCGCACCCAUCACGAGUUAGUAUAUCCAGCCAAGAGCCUCAGGGUCGAGCAGACGCAGUAUUCGUUUGUGCGAGCUUCGUUCCGUAUUCAGCUCGUACAGACAGUCUUCCCAAUCUCGCCAUUGCGAGGCCAGAGAGCCCUGGAACACCUCGUUAUACGUUUGAUGACCGCCUAAUUUCCACGCCAAACCCGACUCACUCAUUAAGCCCCUACUCGGCUGGUACACCCGUCACCACACGGUCUCUCCAGGACACAACCUUUCGCUCUCGCGCCUCCCGUGGUACGCUAUAUAUGCAGGACGGCGAAAGCACGCACGAUAGCCGAUUUUCUGCCACCUCUACUCAAAAUAUGGUGCAUAAAACUGCCAAUACGCGUAUAUCAUCUCGCGCACCCUCGAGGCAUUUUGGAGGAGGAGUGACAUCUGAUCCUCAAUCACGCUCCCCUGCACCCCCUCUUCUUUCAGCUAGUGCAUCUCAAAUUGCUGGACCACGCUCUACCUCCAUACGCUCCGCAUCAUCUUCUAUUGUUGAAAUCGACGUGGAGGCUGCGUCGACGCCCCCAUCCACUACUACCGAUAAUGUGGCCCAACCAUUUCAAUCGACUCAUACUGUGGCGUCCGAAGGAGGUCUCUCCCUUGCUAGUCCCUACAGCGGAUCAGCUACCGUCGCUGCGUCUUCACAACAUGACCCAUCGAACAAAGUGUACCCCGAACCUCCUGAAGGUCGUACUGUGAUGCCCUUCGAUCCCGACAGUACUAGGCGGUAUGAGAGAACCUACUUGAUGCCUCUCGCUGAUGGAAAUAUGCAAAUACCGCCCAUGACAACAACAUGGCCGCAUUCUAAGGAAGGUGAAACGGGGGAGUGGAAGACUGCAUCCUGUGGAGAGUGGUUGGCCGUAAUGCACCCUGAAGGAGGGCUGUACUUCCGUCAUCCUCAGAAGCAUGUCUAUACAGACAACUACAUGUACGAUGAUAUCGAACGGAUCGAGGUGGAAGAUUUCAUGGAUUAUCUGGAAGAGUGUCUCCGCGAGACGAAGCAGACCAUUUCAUCGGAUCAGUACGAGCUUGUACUGGAUGUCGGAGCCCAUUACAAUGGUACAAGACUGUGGAGAUACUACUAUGUCGACCAUACCUCACGCUGCUUAUUCUGGGUGCACCCCUACGAGCGUCCUGCUAUCUUGAGUCAGGUGGAAGGCAAGAAGAAUCCGUCUCACGCGAGACUGGCGAUCGAGAGCCACUAUUGGUCGCACUGGGCCCUUUACCCUUGCGGAACUCACGCGUUUCCUGAGGAUAUGAUCGCAGAGCUCCAGAGUCUGCUUAUCAUGUGCUCAAUUGACACAAUGACUUCAACAGGCAGCACCUCGCCCUAUGAUCUGAAGGAUAUGAAGACCUUUAUUAGCCUCCUUCAGACAGGGAACACUUUGAACCCUUCUCGCAAUCCCUAUCUUAUAUUCGUCACAGCACGCCUGCUGUCCUUCUUCUUGUACUGGAAAUACGUCCACUUUCAUGGGCAGAAAGAGGCUAGGCUUGACAGAGGACAAUCGGUCUAUCGUCGCACCUCCCGCGAUAGGACACUUCUGAUCUCGGUCCUAUCACCUGUAUUUUUCUUCGCCCCCGAAGUUCACUUAGAGGAACUAGAAAAAUUAUGGACAGAUGAGAUCGUCAACAUCUCCAGGUGGAAACCAUUCCUGGAUGGCCUGCUGACGGAUUGGCAGGAGAUGGUGCUCCUUGGUGUCGUGCUCUUGAAUGCCAACGUCGGGUUCCUGCAGAUCGAAUACGUCGCGCAGUCAAGGCACGCAUCAGCCGCACAGAUCUUAAGUUAUGUGUCCAUCGUAGCGAGCAUGGGUUCGAUCAUCCUAGGGCUCCUACUUGUCCGACAAAACCGCGGCAUGGCUCAACGCGAGAAUUCUAGCGAAGUGGCGCGGUUAUUAAAGCUGUCGGUGAAAUCCAACAUUUACGGCCUAGAGCCAUUAGCCAUCCUCUACAGUCUUCCGUAUGCGCUUCUCAUGUGGGCAGUGGUGGCUUUCGUUGUAUCAUUUCUUAUCGUUUGUUUCGAAGCCAGCAACUUAGCCACCCGCCUGUCAAUGGGGGUCGUCUCCUCUGCUGUCUUAUUCGCCAUCGCAUGCUGUGCCCUCUCUGGUCUCAGCAUAUCCUCCAAAACGUGGCGCUUCGACGUCGAGCUCAACUAUACCGUAUGGUUGGACUCUUUGAGGGAGUGGGGGGAGACGAUCGGGGAUGCUCGUGGAGCUUUAUGGAGUCUUGCGUUUGGGCGGAGGGCUGAGCAGCUGCCCUAAAGCUUGACACAGCUCACUACUGCUACUCAUCGUGAAUAUAUGCAUGUCUGACUCAAGGGUAGAGGCUCGUCUCGAUAUGUAUAAUGUAUGUUCACGUUUGCAUGCUGCUGUACCGGUUACUUGCC